AUGCAACCGAGUACUUACUUCAAAAACAUGAAAGCGAAUCAAAACACACACACAAGCAUUCACCUUCGAGAGGAGUACACGGAAGCGCAAGCUGUGGCUCACGUCCGGCGGCUCCUCGACAUAGUUGCCUGCACGGCAUACUUCGGCGGCUCAUCGUCUUCAUCUUCCUCUUCUCACAAAGCUGGCUGUCGAACCGGGUCCAAGGAUCCCGGCCCGAAAGAAGCCACUUCUCCUCACUCUGAUCCCGGUUCGCAGAAUGAAGCCCCCGAUUUCUGCCCGAAGCCCAAAUCCGCUGACGCAAAGGCCGCCGUCUCGCCGAAGCACAAGCCCGGAAUCCCGGAGGCUCCGGUUCCCGCCGUCGGACCUGACUCGGCGGCAAAAGGCGAGAGUACGGCGGCGAUGAUGUGCCCGCCGCCGAGGCUCGGGCAGUUCUACGACUUCUUCUCGUUCUCCCACCUCACCUCACCCAUACAGUACAUUAGGAGAUCGACUCGGCCGUACGUCGAGGAUAAAACAGAUGAGGAUUUUUUUCAAAUUGAUGUAAGGAUUUGCAGUGGGAAGCCAACGACAAUCGUUGCCGCUCGGAAAGGCUUUUAUCCCGCCGGGAAACGCAUUCUCUUGAAUCACUCAUUAGCCGGCCUUCUGCAGCAAAUUAGCAGAGCUUUUGAUUCUGCAUACAACGCUCUUAUGAAAGCUUUCACAGAGCACAAUAAAUUCGGGAACCUCCCAUACGGUUUUCGGGCCAACACCUGGCUCGUGCCACCUGUCGUCUCAGAGAGCCUAUCUUCCUUCCCACAGCUUCCCGCUGAGGACAAAAGCUGGGGAGGGAGUGGAGGUGGACAGGGUUGGGAUGGGAAGCAUGACAGCCGCCCGUGGGCUCGGGAAUUCGCAAUUUUGGCUGCAAUGCCUUGCAAAACUGCAGAGGAAAGGCAGAUACGCGACCGGAAAGCCUUUCUCCUCCACAGCCUCUUUGUGGACGUCUCGGUUUUCAGGGCAGUUGGCGCAAUAAAGCAGAUGGUGGAGGAGGGUAGUAGUGAGCGGGGCCCACGUGACUGCGGCUCGUCCGUUUUGCACGAAGAGAGGGUCGGUGAUCUGCUUAUCAGCGUCGUGAGGGAUGAGGUGGACGCGAGUGGCAAGGCGGACUGGAAGUAUGAUGGGGCCCGCGUUCUUGGUGUUUCGCUCGAGAAAAUUAUUGAGAGGAACCUGCUGAAGGGAGUAACUGCUGACGAGAGUGCGACUGUGCAUGAUACGGCUACUUUAGGUGUUGUGAUUGUCAGGCACUGUGGACACACGGCUGUCGUGAAAGUGUCGGCAGAGGUUAAUAGGGAGGGUGAUUCUAUUCCUCAGGACAUUGACAUUGAGGAGCAACCUGAGGGAGGAGCAAAUGCAUUGAACAUUAAUAGCUUGAGAAUGUUGUUGCACAAGUCAACCUCACACCAAUCAUCCAGCUCAGCUCAAAGAAUCCAAAGUGCUGAUGUGGAUGAAUCACGAUGUGCAAGGCCUUUGGUAAGGAAGGUUCUAAUAGAAAGUUUACAAAGGCUGCAGGAGGAAGAAUGCAAGCCGACAAAGUCGAUUAGAUGGGAGCUCGGUGCCUGUUGGGUGCAACACCUUCAAAAUCAGGCUUCGGGAAAAGAUGAACCAAAGAAUAAAGAGGCAGCGAAAGUUGAGCCGGCCGUGAAGGGUCUUGGGAAGCACGGACUCCUUAAGGAUUUUAAAAAGAAGUCAGAUGAUCAAAGUAGUAAAGCUGGAGCAAACAAGGAACUACCUGCUGAUCAGAGUUUUGAUACUAAGAAGGAACUUGAAAAUGACAAGGAAAAGGAAAGCAUGUGGAGGAAGUUGUUGUCUGAAGAAUCAUAUUUACGCCUUAAAGAAUCAGAAACUGGUUUUCACCUUAAGUCUCCUGAUGAGUUAAUUGAGAUGGCACACAAAUACUAUGAUGAUACCGCCCUUCCAAAACUGGUUGCUGAUUUUGGGUCUCUCGAACUUUCACCUGUUGAUGGAAGGACACUGACGGAUUUCAUGCAUACCAGGGGCUUACAAAUGUGCUCCCUGGGCCGUGUGGUUGAACUUGCAGACAAGCUACCUCAUGUCCAGUCCCUCUGCAUUCACGAGAUGAUUGUUCGAGCUUAUAAGCACAUCUUGCAAGCUGUUAUAGCUGCCGUUGAUGAUAUUUCCAACAUGGCCUUAUCAGUUGCAUCUUGCUUGAAUAUGUUACUUGGUAAGCCGCCUUUGGAAAAUGAUGAUUCAGAUGCAAUUAAUGUUGACAAACUGAAAUGGAAGUGGGUUGAGGAAUUCGUUUCCAAGAGGUUUGGCUGGCAAUGGAAGGAUGAAGCAUGCCGUGAUAUUAGAAAAUUUGCAGUUCUUCGUGGGCUUUGCCACAAGGUUGGACUUGAACUUGUCCCAAGGGACUAUGAUAUGGAUUCCCCUUUCCCCUUCCAGAAAUCGGACAUAAUAAGCAUGGUGCCUGUUUAUAAGCACGUUGCUUGCUCAUCUGCAGAUGGACGUACGCUCUUGGAAUCAUCUAAGACCUCAUUGGAUAAGGGCAAAUUGGAGGAUGCUGUUAACUAUGGAACCAAGGCACUCUCGAAGCUGGUUUCUGUCUGUGGUCCUUAUCAUCGAAUGACGGCUGGGGCUUAUAGUCUUCUGGCUGUGGUGCUCUACCAUACAGGAGAUUUUAAUCAGGCUACAAUCUACCAGCAAAAAGCUUUAGAUAUCAAUGAAAGAGAGCUUGGCCUUGAUCAUCCGGACACAAUGAAAAGCUAUGGGGAUUUAGCCGUCUUCUACUACAGACUCCAACAUACUGAGCUUGCUUUGAAGUAUGUCAACCGGGCACUGUAUCUCUUGCAUUUGACUUGCGGACCUUCUCAUCCAAAUACUGCUGCUACCUAUAUUAACGUGGCUAUGAUGGAAGAAGGUUUGGGGAAUGUCCAUGUUGCUCUUAGGUAUCUGCAUGAGGCUCUCAAGUGUAACCAAAGACUUCUAGGAGCUGACCACAUACAAACUGCUGCUAGCUAUCAUGCUAUAGCAAUUGCUCUCUCGUUGAUGGAGGCAUACUCUCUGAGCGUUCAACACGAACAGACCACUCUUCAGAUACUGAAGGCUAAACUAGGAUCAGAUGAUCUGCGUACGCAGGAUGCGGCUGCAUGGCUUGAAUAUUUCGAGUCAAAAGCUCUCGAGCAGCAAGAAGCUGCGCGUAAUGGCACUCCAAAACCAGAUGCUUCCAUCUCUAGCAAAGGCCAUUUGAGUGUGUCGGAUCUGUUGGACUACAUAACUCCCGAUGCCAUGAAAGCAAGAGAUGCCCAAAAGAAGCAAGCUCGCGCCAAGCUUAAAGCAAAAACCGGUCCAAACUCGGAAACUGCGAUUGAUGAACAUCAAAAGGAAGAACUCGUAUCAGCAGAUGAGCCCAUAACCGAGAACUCGAGCGACAAAGAGAACAGAAUCGAAUUACAGAACAAACCGGAGCCUCAAUUUACCAACCCCACCAAAAAUCCCGAUUCAAUUGCAACAGACAAAACACCACCAUCCGAUCAAAACGACAAUAUUUACGAAGAUGACACAUUGUCCGAAGAAGGAGGAUGGCAAGAAGCUUUCCCUAAAGGGCGCUCGCCAGCUGGACGCAAGAGGCCAAGUCUCGCGAAACUGAACACCAAUAAUCUGAACCCCUCUCAUCCAUCCAAAUUCCGAGGUAGAUCGACUAACUACAGUUCUUCCCCAAGAACACUCACAAACGAGAGUGCUGCCUCAUCCGGAUCGAAAAAAUUUACAAAGAGUGCUAGCUUUAGCCCAAAGCUAAGCAGUCCUCCCGGGCCCACUCAAAAUGGACGAGAUAAAGCUGCAAAUCCGAAAUCGGCGCCUGCUACGCCAGCUUCUGCGGUUAGUUCUGUAAGUUUUCAGGCAUCUGGAAAAGGAAAACUUUUCUCUUACAAAGAGGUUGCUUUGGCCCCACCAGGCAGUAUCGUGAUGGCAGUCUCGGAACAAUCUAACGAGGGUUAUAGUUAUACUGAAGAAAAAGCAUCAACCCUGAAGAAGUCAGAAGCAGUUGAAGCUGAAAAGCUGGUUGUUGAGAAAAACAAAGAAGAAAUCAAUGCAACUGGUAAAGAGGAAGCUCAACAAGUAGUGACAACAAAUGAUGAAAAAUCACCAGAUAUCGAAAACUCUGAAAUUUCUAAAAACGAAAAAUCCGAAGAAACUUCAACUGGCACUAUCCAGCCCCCAAUUAAUUCCACGGCGCUUAUGGAAGAAGAUGCCUCGUGUGAUGAUGCAAGCGAAAACCGUUUGCCCGUGACAAACGAAGGAGAAAGUCGAGCAAGUCCCGAGCCAACCAAGAAAUUAUCCGCCGCAGCACCCCCGUUCAAUCCUUCCACGGUCCCCGUUUUCGUGUCGGUUCCCCUCCCAGUCUACAACGAGCACGGUGGGUUACUGCCGCCACCUGUCAACAUAGCCCCAAUGCUCCGAAUCAACCCCACCAGCCGCCGGCCACCUCAUCAGUCUCCGGCCACAGCCCGGGUCCCAUAUGGCCCGCGCCUCUCGGGCCGGGCUCCUGCUCGGGCCAGGCCCGAGCACAGCCCGAUUGGAAUCAUGAACCCGCAUGCCACAGAGUUCAUGCCAGGUCAGCCGUGGGUCCCGCCUGGAAGCUAUCACCUAGUGGGCCCCAACAUCUACAUUGCGGCAGCCGACGGGAUUGACCAGACAUUAUUGCCGGAUAGUUCGCCGGAGACCGGAAACGGAGCUCCAGCGGAGUCUGGGGUCGACUUUUCCGGUGAAGGCGGUCGUGAUGAUCUUGUGAUGGUGGUACAAACGGUGGAUGAGAUCGAGAAAGAGAAUCAACCUUGACCCGACGAAGAAACUCUGCUUUCCGGUCAGUUGUCUGAAGAGAACGGGAAAAAACCCGGAGAUUCUCCUUACAGUGAUGAAGAGGCUGAAGCUCUUAAGGCAACAAAUUAAAUGGUCUGUUGUUUUAUUUUUAGUUUUUUAUUUUGUUAAUUUUUUUCCUUUUUUUUUUCUCAGACAUUGUGUUCUUGUAGUGAAGGGGCUUUAGUUGCAAAUUGUGAUACUCUUGAAGAAUGAGGAGCGUUGAGUUUGUUGUUAUUAUUUUUUCUGGCAGAUUGCUUUAAAACCCGGUCGUGGAGCAUAACUUGCUGCAAUAGUUUGAGAUGUAUGUUGUUGGAGCUAAUUAGUAGGAUAAUAUUUUUUUUGUUUUUUGGUUGGCUGCAUAAAUUAGUUUGCUGGUUCUUGAGCAAAGAGGAGAUGAAAGUGGUUGUCCUUUUGAUAUGUUUAUGAGCAUGAAGGUGAUUCUGUUGUAGUCUUUUUAUUUUCUUUGGUCUUAUUCAUGUGCUUGUAUAAAAAAUUCAUGACACUAUUUACUUGUAUUUUGAGGAGAAAAAAAGUUGGUAUGAAGCACCAUAAGUUCUGCUUCAUAUAUAAAGACUCAAGUUGUUUGCUUUUCG